AUGAAAGACUCGGAUCCUGCAGCUGCUCCUGUAGCAGCAGCACCAGCAGGAACUGCAGCAGCAGCAGGAGCAGCAACAGUAGCAGCAACAAGAGCAGCCACCGACGGCGCAGCACCCCCAGCAGCAGCCCCAGCAGCAGUUCCAGCAGCAGUUCCAGCAGCAGUUCCAGCAGCAGCACCAGCAGCAGCACCAGCAGCAGCACCAGCAGCACCAGCAGCAGCACCAGCAGCAGCAGCAGAAGAAGAAUCUGACGGCGAGCAGUGCCGUAAGCGUAUAAAGACGGAGCCGGAAGUAGCUGCUGCUGCUGCUGCUGCUGCUGCUGCUGCUUCUUCUUCUUCUUCUUCUUCUGCAGCAGCAGCAGCAUCAGCAGCUGCCUCUAACCCUCCUCCUCCUCCUGUUCCUCCCCAGCAGCAGCAACAACAACAACAACAACAGCAACAACAACAACAACAGCAGCAACAGCAACAGCAGCAUCAGCAGCAGCAGCAGCAGCAGAAGGAGAAGAAGAAGAAAGAAGAGUACCGUGAAGGUCAUCGUACAACAGGAGGAGGUCGUUAUUUAUUAGUAGAUACUUUCUUAGGGGAAGGAACUUAUGGUCGUGUAGAGAGGGCAUGGGAUAAAUUGCUGCAGCAGCAUGUAGCAAUAAAGAAGGUUAAUUCAUCUGCAUGCAGCAGCAGCAGCAGCAGCAGCAACAGCAGCAGCAGCAGCAGCAAUAAUAAUAAUAAUAAAUUAUUAUUAAGAGAGAAUGUUGGACAAGUUGGUCUGCAUUUUACAACAAUUAGGGAAUUAAAAGUUAUGCGUGAAUUACAGCCAGCCCCCCAGCAGCAGCAGCAAGUGCAGCAGCAGCAGCAGCAAGUGCAGCAAGUGCAGCAAGUGCAGCAGGAGCACUUAAUGGGCUUAUUAGAUGUAUUCACAGAGGAUGGAUGUCGUGCUUUAUUCCCUGGAUCCAAUGACGUUGAUCAACUUUGCCGCAUUUUCUCUCUCUUGGGUACACCUCAACCUGUGGCGCUGCAGCAGCAGCAGCAGCAGGACAGCAGCAGCAGUGGGUCGGCGGGUAGAAUUUGGAUUCUGCAGCAACAAAUGACCAACGCGUCUGACCAGCAGCAGCAGCAGCAGCAACAGCAGCAAACACAGCAGCAACUGCAGCAAAAACUGCCGCAGCAGAAGACAAGCCCCAUUCAGCAACAGAAGCAGCAGCAGCAACAACAACAAUUCGUUUCAACUCCUUUAUAUGUAUACAAGCUUUUCUAUCUACGAGCUCCUCUCUAUGUGCUGCUGCUGCUGCUGCUGCUGCAGCAGCAGCAGCAGCAGCAAGACGUUUCUCCUCUAACACAGUUGCAGCAGCAGCAUUAG